CGAAUGCCGGCUGCACGUGGGUGUUACUUGGUGCAGUUCGACAUUUUGGCGGCUGAAAAACAAGGAUUAUAUUUUCAGGACACUAAUUCAAGAGACGACCUACAAGAACUGCAACCUUACCCGGUAAGUUUAGUAAAUGUAUAGUAGUUGGUAAUCCCCGAUGGCAUCCUAUCUAAAAAUCUUCAAGUAGGCGUCUGUCGAACCUUUGGAAUGUUAUAUCUAGAGCUACUUUGUCUCUAGAUUAAAAACAAAAUAUGCUUGACCACACUGUAGUUUUGCAAAAGACUUUCAAGGAUCAGUACUGUUAUGGUUGGAGAGCAAAGGAGAAUAAAUGGCGAUCAGUCGGGAAAUCAAAUUGAGAUGGGUAGUUCAUAAUUCCUUUGACGUAUUCAUUACAAUAUUUAUGCAUCCUUCAAAGAACAGCUUUUUGCCCGAAUUGUGUGGGUUGGAGAUUGCUGCUUGUAAUUUUGUCGCAGCUCUCAGGGGGCGUUUCGCGAUUCUUUAGCCAAACUAAAUUAAAAUCUUCGCGUGAUUCACGUCAUGUGAGAUUCGCCCUCGACGCAAAACGUUAAUAUUGACGUUGCUUGAAUGAAAUUUAAGAAAGGGCUCAUGUGUCCAGGUAUCAUGUUAACGCAGAGUGGUUUUUUUGUAAGAAAAUGCGUUUCUUUCCGGUGGUUUCUUAUUGCACGGUUUAUCUUCUGCGGCGCGCACGCUGCUUAUUGCAGUAGCGCCACUGGAAUUAUGAUUAAAUCGUGUAUGUUAAGUGUUCCUUUUCUGGUCAAGGAGAAGUCCAAUUUGUGUCGUAUUUGAUAAUAACCCUUUUCUUCAUCUUUCCUUUUUUCGAGUUACUUAAGCUAGGUCACCCAUGAAGUAUGACCCGGAAUCGUUUUUCACUCAAACCUCCGAUCAAAUUCUGGGUAGAUCUGCCAGAUUUGGCGUAUUUCCUACAGUUGUAUUCGUUUGUGUGAAACACGUCAGUGAUUGAAAGUCAAGAGCGUCAAAUGAAAUUAUCAAUGUGUCGAAAUAGUCUAGUGUUGCAAGAUUAAUUAUACAAAGGUCAAUUUAAGCUUGAAGACAUCACCAAAAGCGCGCUCACAGAUGAAUUUUGUGAUGCGUAAAAGCGGUGAGUGAGACGGUUAUCACUUUCAUUGGUGGUUUGAGGGUAUUUGACUGCAAAUACUUCGACUGCAAAGAGGAAUUGAAUGCUUCAACGUGACGGCGGAAAUUGAAAGUCAGUAGAUGAAUUGAUAUAUUUAGGUUGUGAGGUAUAAUCAACAGAAAUGUUUGUAUUUAUACCGUAUUUUGCUCGGAAAUAGAGACUAUAGGGCUAUUCAUGCAGGUUAUGCUAUGCAGGCUAUGCAUAGGCAUGUCUUUCCGUUUUAAACUGGAAAAUGAUAUCCAGCGCAACGUUGUCUGCUUCACUCAGGGAUACUCGCUGAGCGUAAAGACAGAUAGAAUGGCGUUAUUGUUGUUGUCGGGUCGUUUACGCCUAAUCCAACCAUAUUGUAAAUUUUAUUAAAAAAAUGCCCCAAAGUAUUUGAGUUCAUUUUCCUGUCAGAUCACAGUUUUACAUUCCUUUUACCUUUAUUUACACUUCUCACCAAAAAUAUGAGCAAAAUAAAGACGUUCUAAACAAACUCUCAGCUUGGCCGUUUGUUCUUAGUAUGUUCUUAAAAUUUUAAUUAAUCUCACCCUGAACGCUCUUAGAACUGAACGGGGUGUUAUAAAAAUAAAGAGCGUAUCAGUGUUUCGGCACCAGUGUUUCCACGCCCAUAGGAAAUAUGAGUUAUGAGCAACGCAAGUUGGGCGAGAGGUCUGCUAGAAGAUUAUUAGUGCCAGUCUACUGGCAAACCCCUCCCCGACUCGUCUCAAAUCUUUCCACUGGUGGAGUAAUGCGCGUCCUGUAGCACUAAUAAUAACAAGGAACCUCUCGUAGUCUAAUUUAGGGACGUUUGAGCACAUUUUGCAUUCUGAGCACUUUGCUGGAGUGCAGAGGUCAAUUUAGCAAGAAUUAAGUGUACGAGCAAAUUUCAGUUCAUUAUGUAGGAGGGGAAAGUUAAAAAGAUUUGUGAUUGCUCGGCUGUCUUUGUCUUGAAAGUUACCUUACUUCUACUUUCUGUGAUGCCACAAUGGUCGGUUCGUGAAAGAUCUCGUUAUAAUGACAGAUUUCACCAGGCAUAGUAUGUUUUCGACGCCGAGCUAACGCCGCAAAUAAAGGGGCAUCGACAUGAUAUUUGUUGAUUUGGUGCCAUGAUGCUGUGUGAUUUUUUUCCUAGAAAUCCAUUCCGAGAAAUUUUUCAUAAUAUGGAAUCGACUGAAGCUCCAAGCAAGAGAAGAAGGUAUGGUAUACGCGCCUAUGGUGAUGGGAAAGAAAUAGCCUUUGGUUCAUGAUCUAAGGUGCAUGCUGCCUUUCUUGCGCUUCUAGAGACCAAUAAGAUUAGGCAGGGAUGAUACAGGUUCACAGGAUGGCUUGCGUUGUUGGAGACUCUUUGAAUGUUCAGUGGAAAUUAAAUGAAGGCAAAGGUACCGUGGAUAAGAGAGGAAGAGUAUUCCUCACGCGGCUUCGACAGUCAAAAUAUAUUUUGCACAUAAGGGAGUUCCAAAAAUACAGGAAAACAACUUUCAGGGUUUAGAAAGAAUGUGUGUGAAUGCUUGUUGACAUAUAAUCCGUCCCUAGUGUGGCUAAUGAUUUGCUAUCAGUAUCUUAAUGUGUAAAAUACUCCUUAUGUGGUUUUAUUCGUUUCUUUUAGGUUCGAAACACCUCUUUUAGGUGCUUCUGGUAAGUUUUACACCAUUUUUCAAUUGCAUUUUUCUUAAAUUCAAUUUUUUUUCAGUAAAUAUAUUAAUUAGGUUGUUGAUAUCUGUUGAGGGAAAUUUGCUCAAGUUUCUGUACUGAUUUAUAUAAGCAAAUUUUGAACUUAUUAUUCUUACUACUUCAAGCGAUUACCGCAGAAAAGCUUAAUAUAAUAUAGCGUAAGUUGUGGUCGGAGAAAAAAAUUUACAAAUAAAAUAAAACGUACUGAUAGUGAUGUUCGAAGGUUGCAGCGCCUUUUGUCGAAUCUCUCGGAUCUGCUACGCACUGAGCCGUUUGGUGCAUUUUUAAUGCGAAAUUACAAAUGUGUCCAGCGUAUGCUGCAGUUUCGUCUGUUUACACUUUGUUGCUUCGUAAUGGGUGGAAAUGCUCUUGAGGUUCAAUAAAUCAUCGCCAAAUCCUACAUCUUGGCUCUGGAAAGGUCAUGGGUAAUGCUUUUGAAAUCUUUGUUGUAUCCAUGGUGAUUUCGCGUGGGGAGUUUCACUGUGCUGAUAGAGGUUGUACCCAAAAGAUAGACGUCCCUGGGGUAAAGCCCUACUUUCCACGCUCAAAAGGUGUAGUGGAACUGCAAGUAUAGGAGGCAAGAGGAAACACGCCCCUUCCCCCCCCGCCUCCUUUCUCCGCUAAGACUUGUCAAAAACUCUUCAACGAACGAACCGAACAGUGCGACUUAGCUUUACAGUCGUACUGAAACUGCUUAUUCAAUCACAACUAACCAACAACCGGGCAUACCGCCAAACAAUGGUAAGACAUUAAUCUACGACCCAACUGAUGCAAAAGAAAGAUCAUUUCAUGGCCCUAAACUAGGGUCAAGUAAAGAACGACAGUUACACCAAGGCUCGAACACUUUGAUUAAAAAAAAGAUAUGUGGAAGUCUCGCUUUUGUGUAGUUGAUAAUUAACAAAUGUUUACUGAAGUUAAGGUGGGUAAAUAUCCACCGCUAACCACUGAUACUAAGGUAAACUGAAGUAACUCGAUCAUUUAUUCUUGCGACGAUUUCAAUAUUUUCGGGUGCGAAUGCCGUGCGAGUUGCUCAGAGGAGAAUAGGAAAGGAUACUCAGAGUUUGAGUACCCAGUCGGAGUGUACCUUCAAUGCUGUCUACUGUUCUAGUAUACAACAAAACACCGUAUUCGUACAUUCGCGAAGUAAUAGUGAUGACUAGGUUUGAAUAAGUAAUAGUCAAGGAUGUAGAAGAAUCGUUUUGAAUAAGUUGGCUCGUUGCUCGUUGCCUUGUAAUGUUCUGAAAUUCAUAAAUACAUCUAUCAUUGCGAUUGUCUCCAUAAGGGCUUGCUGGUUGCUUGCUUGCUAGUUUUUUCCAGUUGUAUUUGAAUUUUACAGGGUGUGCUUUGUUUCAUAAAAUAAUUUGUCUAGCCGACUAGACUAAGUAGAUAAAAACAGAUGCAAAUUUUGCUCAUUUUUCUUGUUUGUGUAAACUUCACGACCUGUAUCUCUAAGGUGCAGAUGAAGAUUUUACGGAGGAGAGCACAGAAGGACAUGUUGUCGUCCACUUGAAUGCAGACCUUUUGCAUAGAAUCAAACAAGAACCAGUGGACAGCGGUGAAACGCCUGAACUUACAUGUGUCGCCUUACAAAAGGAUUCCAACGACAAUACUUUUCGGGAAACGCUUUUGAACGAAAGCAGACCUGACCCAAGCAAUGAUGACCGAGGAUGCGCAAGUCCUACCAUCCCAAUGAUGAAUGAAACAUCUGCUGAGAAUGAGUCAGGAAUCAUAAAUGAAAGAAUUUCUCCUUGCAUUGGGGCCUCACCUGCCACAGCCAGGACUCGAUCUCGAAGGAGCGUGCGUAAGCGCUUUUCAGUGCAGCGAUCAUCACCCGAAAUUGGAGUUAGUUCCUCUUCCAGUUAUCAUAAUCUAAGCGUAAGCAAGCAAUCAAAGAAUGCGUUAUCAAUCAGAAGUGGUCAUAGAAAGAGAACAAAUACUGUGAAUCAACCUGCCUUUUCAAACCAGCUUGUCAGCGAAGGAAGCCUUGGUUCGACCGAUGCAUGUGACAUAACAAGUGAUGCCAGCGAUUUGUUCAAGCGUCGAUUCCGCAAGGUAGAACACUUAAUCCUGUGAUUUAAUUCUUGGAUAAGAGCACUGUUGUACACAUGGUUAUUCCAGUUAUCUCAGCCGUUCCAAUUGUAUACCAUUCUAGUAUCAAAGGCCUUGAUGAGCGAAACUUCAUGAUAUCAGGCUCCUAGGUAGGACGAGCGUAAUGAAUUUGUUAGGAAGAGGUUACUUUUCUUUGAAAUACUGAUUUCACAUGUCACAUCAAAUUCUCAGUAGGUGAAAACAAUACAAACAAACUAAAGUGGCAGAGUCGGUUAAUGCUGAUUUUCCAAAGCAACCGCUGCCUAACCCGUAUUGGUAUUACUAUGAUCGUUUGGUUGACAGUGCAUUGCAACACUUCUCUUUGACGAAAUAGGCUCUCUGCCAGUUAAACAUCAGUUCAAAUAAAGGCAUAAAUUUCUUAAACCACACUAUAAACCAAAGUAGUUAGUAAGUAUCAAGAAUUAUAUAAUAAGCUGAAUUAUACAUACGUUUUGAUUGGUUCUUACUUGCGAUAUAUUGGAAGACAGACACACGAAUGACGUCACCAUUAAAUAUUUUUCUUUGUCAUCAUAUAAAACCAAUAGAUUCCGUGUUGCUAAGUGACUGCGGUUAUUAUCAUUGCUCCACAGAUGCUUAAGGACUUGGUGGCUAAACGUAUGUUAAAAUUGCAACAUUCAGCAGUUUAUAGCGGUACUGUUUCAGCUUUAAGGCGCAAGGUGGCGAUUCUUGAAAGAAGAAACAUGCAGCUGGAAGAUAAAGCAGAGAGACUCCAGACAUCCAUGAUGAAUCUCCACAACGAGGUCAGUUUAUUCCUAAGAAACACCUGGUACAAAUCUUUUUCUAGUGCUCAGGAGAUAAAAUAGCUAGAUCGAGCUGAAAUUGUUUCACUGCUUCAUAGGAAACUGCAAGUAAAACUUUUUCUUGUUUUGUUUUUUUUUUUUUGCUUAAUGGCCAGCCACUGCAGUAGAGUCUCUUCUAUUGUUUGCAAACAAACAUCACUGUUCUGUAGAAAAACUGUUGUGCUGGGUUCACAGGCAAGUGUAACACCUAAAUAGUUCGACACAUUUGAGUCAUAAGUGAAGAUUUACAAAAAUACUUGAACUGUGGAACAGCAGCACCUCACAAUUCAUUACAGCUGUUUGUGUACUUAUUUUAGAAAAAAGUCGAUGAUAAAAUUGGAUUAAACUCGUGAAGGAUUUCACGACUGUGAGUCUGGAUAAAUUAUCAAAGGGGACAUUGUGCAUGGUGGUUAACUAUAUGUCUUCUAUUCUUUAGAAAGAGAAAAGGGCGACUAAGACUGUGUCACGUGGUACUCAAGUCUCUAUGGGAAUGGUAAGUUUGAGAAUUUCUUUUCUCAAAGGUUGUACUUACAGACUUACAGGACUCUUGUUUUAUUAACAAUAUGUGAACUGUUUUUUGUUACUUCACGUAGAUCUUGAGUCGUGCAUGGUCUGCCUGUCAAGGCAUAGACAAAGCUUCAUCAUUUGCCUCAGAGGAACGUGGGUCCUUGGCCAUUCCCGGAGAUGGCCCUGUCAUUAUCAAAGUUUGCGGGAAACAGGUAAAUGAUGCAUCUGCGCGUGUUCAAAUACCAAAGCUUUCUGAGAUAAUGCGAGAGAAUACGUCGCAGCAACAGGUAGAAUCACAGCAGUAUACGCAUUCUCCCCAAACAGACAGUGCGCUACCCAAAAUUCAGCACGUUUCUUCUGGCAGCCUCCUUGUACCACAACAGCCUCGUCAACAACCUUGUGAUUUUAUACUUCCGGAACAUCGUCUUCUCUUAAACCAAACACUUAUUUCUCAAGGUAAUAGGGCCAGGCCUUUGCAAGAUCCAAACUUGCCCUCGCAAAGUUCGGGAAUAAACAAUUUACCUGUAAAUCGUGAGGUAGUAAUGGUGACAGAUCAGCCAGCACAACUUUCUGGUGUCAUAGGUUCCUGGCCAAGUAACUCUUCCUCUUCUGCUCAGCAGCAUGCAACCGGACCAGUGAAUCGUAUCGCCACAGUUCGUCCUCAGCAGUUCAUUCCGUCCUCAGCAAACAUUUCAUUAGCUCAAAAUGUUCCACCGCAAGCGGCUCAAAUGCCAACCCUACCUCGACCUCGGCUGGAGUCAAUGAAUCUUCCAAUACCGAAAGAUAACACAGCUAAUAUAUCCACAAUCAUCAGCCAAAUUAUCCCGCCAGUCCAUCAAACUGACUUGUCAUCAUCAAGGCCUGCAAUGACGCAGACUCAGAGUGGAAAUGCACGUACUGCAUCAAUGUCAAGUACUGUAGGUAGACGUCGACGACCCCCAGGUGGCUGCUUCUGUUGCCCUCCGGAUCCGAAUCAAAGACAUACAGUUGGAAAUCAAAAUCCAGUACGAAGCGGAGACGAUUUGCGCUUGCAUCCAGGAAGUAAUCACGAAGCAACUCGUGGGCAAUUUUCUACCACGAACCAAGUGUCACCUUCUAUAUGUACAUCUGGUGCUCGUACUCAGGGGAGUUUGUCGGAGUUGCAGCCAACUGUUCCUUUGCCUUAUCCACAACAAUUCUUUCCAGUCACACAAGCAUCGAACAAGUCAAGUUGUUCCGUUCCGACGGGAGAGCUUGCUAAUCAGAUACGCUCAUCCGGUCCAAAUCACCACCAACGUCAAAAUAUUUUGCCAGGUCACGUGAACUCUCCAAGAGCCGGUAUGUUAUGCUCACAGGCCUUACCCACUAUUCCAGAGAGUAUAAGAAGUGCGCAUGGUAAGCAACUGACUGGAGGCCCUCCACUCCAAAUUUCUUCCCGGGCAGUGCCACAACAAUCGGAAAUACAGAUAUCUUCCAGCAUAGUCCAAAACCCUCUUAAUCAAGAGUGGUCCAGAAGUCAUCCCCGAGAAUCCAUCAGAGCUCCGGACCAACCACUUAGUCCUCUUAGUGGGGUUGAUUUGCAUCCAGCUAGUCACCCGGCACAACGGCAAAUGUUUCCCUUUACUAAAGAGCAAAUUGCAUGUAAUAGUGAUGGUAGUUACGCGACGACAAUUCGCCCGUGCAGUUCUCAGCAGCAUCCUCAGCAACAGCAACAGUUGCCUACACAACCAUAUAUUCAAAUUCACCAACAACAGGUGCCCUUACAGCAGCAUCCGCCUCGUCAGGAACUGGAACAGCAACAGCAGCGACAACAACAGCAGCGACAGCAACCGCAGCAACAGCAACAACUACAAAAACAGUUGCACCAGCAUCCGAGGAGAGCAGGUUACGUGCCGCCCACUCCAAUACUUCCUAAGCCAGACUCAAGGGCACAUCAAUAUUGGCAACGCAACCCUCAAUUUACAGCAUCAGGUGCUUCGCAUUGUGGAACAUCUGUUCCACAACAGUUACCGGCUGCUCUUAAUACUGCAAGCUCCAGCAAUUUCUGUCUAAACCAGAGACCUCCCAUUCAAACACAAUUCCUUAGACCUUAUACUCCGCAAAAUGUAAGAAAUGGAGCCUAUUUGCAGCAUCCAAUCCAACCGUCAGUCCAGCAAAAUCAAAGUAGUGUUCAAACAUCCUCAGCCCCAGUUUCGCAGCUCAGUGUUAAUAUGGUGCAGAUCUCGAAGUCAGUUUCCCUUCAAAGGGAAAGAACGGGUGCAGGAAGUAUACAACAUAGUCAGACUCCGUACUCCCCUAACACACGAGCUUGUCUCCAUCCUAAUACUACACACUCGUCAUUACCGCGCCAGAGGUCAAAUGAUUCGGAAAGAAACUCAGCAAGAGCAGCAAAAUCAAUCACACCCACGAUUUAUAACGCGGCGAACGAACACCUGCUUGAAAGAAGAACGUCUUUUACAACUCCAAAUAUAGCUACUACAUCAAUAAUACCGGCCAAUAGCUUUCGAUCUGCCCCGCAGAGUCCAUCGAUGCCUUCAGAACCACUGCUAAACAGCCCGACCAAAACGUUGCUGCCUGCCACUCGUACACCUGAACCCAGAAAUACACCAUUACGAAAUGCGCAAGGGUCGGAAUUGAAAGGCAAUGAAGCAAUAACUGACGAGGCAUCUUGCCCGGCUACAGCUUUGUCUUCUAGGACUGGUUUUACCACUCGUUUGUUACCUGUUCAGAACUUCGUAGGAAUGAAACUGUCAGACGAUUUUAAGAACGUGAAUAAUUCGGAGACGGAUGGAAACAAUAAACCGUUAGAUUCACAAAGAGAUGUUGCUGGCCAGAUCGUGAAUUUUUCAGAUAUAACAGAAAAGGGUGACAAAGAAGGCCCGCAACUUCAAAAAGACAAAGCUUCUUACUUAAAACCUAUUCUUGGUGUAGAGCAAAGUAGUAAUGGUAUCGUGUUGUCAUGGGAUCUAACCAGCAGAGAGUACGAAUCAAAAGUUAUUAAGUAUGAACUGUUUGUGACGACGGCUUCCAGCGAAUCAACAGGGUGGCAAAGUUUGGGUGUCGUGGACGCCCUUGCACUUCCCAUGGCUUGUACAAUGACGCAGUUUCUUCCAGGAGCCUCUUAUUAUUUUACAGUACGCGCUAUUACAGAUGUGGGUGACUGCGGUAGCGAGAUGUUUAGUCAUCCUUGCUCUAUAACUGUUCUCGAAAGUAAUCAGAACUCUUCCUCUGUUAGUCCCGUUUAA